UCUCAGGGAGGUCCUUUACCACAAUACAAGGUCCACGUUAAGUUACUACACGUUUUACUCGGUAAUGCACAAACAUUUCGCGAAUGCUGUGUAUCUCGAAACCCUGUGCAAAUUCGCAAAACUCGCGUUCGCGCGUGAUUUAUGAGCAGAUACGCGAUGACGUAAAAUAAAUUUUUAGCAAACUUUUUUUUGUUAAAUUCUCGUUUAAUUUUAUUUACCUACUUAUAUUUUAUUUUCAUUUUUUUUCCGUUCAGAUAUUUAAUUUAAUUGAAGUUUUGAAGUGAAUUAUACCUACUUAUUCAGUGUUUUUUUCAUGAUUUUUUCCAACGUACCGGUAAUAAUUUAUUCUGUUUCAAAUUUUAUUCUCGAUUGAGUAAAAUUUUAAUUUUUUUUUGCAUUUGUGGCAAAUUUACGUAUUCGCAUAUUUGGCUUUUAAUAUUCCAGUGAAUUGUGUUUUAUUAUAUUUUUCAUCAUUAUUUAAUAUCACUGUAUCGUUAUAAAUUUAUUCGAUUUGGAGCAUACAGAUACGUACUUUGAAUUUUAAAUCAAAAUGGAUAACGGUUGUUGGGAUAGUUCCAGAAUUAGUCCACUCUUUCCAUCUUGCAAUCAAAUGACACUUAGAAGUCCAGACGAGAAUCCCACCUAUACGCCUUACUCUCAGGUUCUGGUAUCUAGUGAAGGACUCUCACCUCCUGCCGGGGCCGGAGGCCCUGGCAGCACCACCGGCAGCACCGGUGGCGAAGUAUCCCCUUGCUACGGCAGCAAUAACAGCGGAAGCGGCAGCGGAUGCUGUGAAAAUGGAAGACCUCUAGUCAGCGAUCCCGUAACAGGUCAGCCAGUAUGUUCUUGUCAAUACGACUCGGCCAGACUAGCUGCCCUUUCAACCUACCCAAGACUGACCACAACUGCUGGCGUUUACGGAACGCCUUAUCCCUCUACAGACCAAAAUCCAUACCCCAGUAUAGACAGCUCGCCGUUUUAUUCAACAUUGGGAACUCCAUAUGGAAUUAAAGAUGGAACCAGCGGACCGGAAAUGUCAGCUUGGACUAGUGCAGGCUUACAAACGACGCCCGGAUAUUACCAUUAUGAUCCCGCAAUGGCGGCUUACGGAUACGGUACCAGUUACGAUUUAGCAGCCCGUAGAAAAAAUGCUACCAGGGAAUCGACAGCUACGCUUAAAGCUUGGUUAAACGAGCAUAAGAAAAAUCCCUAUCCUACCAAAGGAGAGAAAAUAAUGCUAGCCAUAAUUACUAAGAUGACCUUAACGCAAGUUUCAACUUGGUUUGCAAAUGCUAGAAGAAGACUGAAAAAAGAAAAUAAAAUGACGUGGGAGCCGAAAAAUAAAACCGAAGAUGAUGACGAUGCCAUGCUGUCAGAUUGUGACGAUAAAGACAAAGACGACGGAUCCGUUGAAGAUGAUAGAAUCAAAGAUAAUCGAUUAAAUAAUGAUGGUCUGAUGCAUGUAAAACCAGAGCACGGAAUUAAAGAGCUAGACGACGACGACGAUCUGGAGGAGGACGAAGACGACGAUCGUAAACCGAACGAUAUGCUAGGCCACCAUCACCACCAUCACAUGCUGCCAGGGCAACCGAUGCAUCGCCAGCAUCCGCAUUCGAUGUACAUGAAAGACCAAAUCAGCAAACCACCGGCGGGCUCGGUCGACUGCGGAAUACCGUUACCAGCAUCCAAGCCGAAAAUAUGGUCGUUGGCGGAUACAGCGGCAUGCAAGACGCCGCCGCCUUUGCAUAUGCAACAGCCUAGCUGGUGCUCAUCGAGCACUCCGACCGCUGCGACCAAUCCGCCGUACAUGAAUAACGUACGGAACGGAUUCAUUAGUCCGGGCUCGGGUGCGGCCGCGUACUCGUCCAGAUACGGCGGCUACUACAGCGGAAACAGCUCCGGAGGAUGCGCCGGAAGCGGCUCGUCCGGCUUUCCGGAUGUGCAAACGGACACUCCUCCGCAGACCCCACCGAACAUGAAACUGCCCAGUGUCGCCGGCAAUUUAAUGAACGGUUCUUCCAACGUCGCCUUUGGUUCGGCUAAUUCUCACCUAUCUCCACCUACGGUUAAUGGCUACCCGCCGCCGUCGCAGCAACCUCAUCCUCCGCCGCCGUCCCAUUAUACCGCCAAUUGUUAUAGUCAGUUGCCUAAUUCGCCGCAAAAAGAUAAGACUAAAUUGAAUAAUUCCAACUUUCAUCCGCCAAAUCAAAAUUUUCUAAAUCACCAGCCUUCGCCGUUGCCGAAUAACACUGCUCAGUCUCCGAACGAAGAAACCGCCUUUAAGCCGUUUUAUAAAAACGUUAAUUCGGAACCAAUAAACGGUGCAUUUGCAGCGACAGUGUAACCUUAAUGGAAAAAAGCUCUGGUAUAAACACUGCCCAUAUGUUUUUCGAUUUUCUGCUCUUACUGUCGAUAUUUAAUGCAAGUAUUCGAGAAGAACGAAACAUCAUUGUGAGAUUGAUCGAGUUCUCGUAACCGGUUCAAAAAAAAUCAUCAACGUCGAAGCACCGGGUGCAACUGGUUCCCAAUUCGGAUAUUUAAUUUAAUAUUUUGUCUUUUUUUUUUGUUUGUUUUAAUGGUAUAAAUAUCGGGAAUUAAAAUUCGUAUAAUGUGUAUAAAAAUAUUCGUCGAUAAAGAUAUCUACUUAUAGGUACUUAACUGUUCUAAGGUAUUUCGUGAUUUGGUAAUUAAUUUUUCGGAUUUUGAAACUUUUUCGGAUGAAAUUUUUGUCGAAUUUAUUAUGCAGUUAUUUUUUUCUUAAUUCUUGUAUGUACCUAAAAUGAUCCUUAUUUUUGUUAAUUCGUUCCAAACGCUUUUUAAAAGUUGGCGUGAUGCAUUUUUGAUCUCAAAUAACUUUCUUAUAAAGUAAAAUGCCACGCUAAUGCAAUUUCUCACACAAAUUCGUAGAAUAUAGGGUACUAUGCAUAUAAGAUAUGUAAAUUUGCAAUUUGUGCGUAGAAUUAUCGUCUGGUUAUUAAUACAAUGUACAGUUACGUUCAAUUGAAUUGAAUUAAAAAAGAAGAAAAACCUGAUUUCGAUCAAAUUAUAGCAGCAAUUUUUCACGUAGAAAUUUUUUUCCUACGAGUUGUCAACAUUUACUCACACCAGCUCAAAAAAUUUGGCCACAAUCCAACAAUUUAAAAUGAAAAUUGCAACAGAAUCAAAUCGAGUUGUGUGUGAGAAAAAGAAAGCAUUUUUUUUAUAUUUGGUACACAAAGGCAUUAAGGUUAAUGCGUUUAUUCAGAAAGGUUAUCAAAAUACCUAUGCCAUUUCGAUUGAUAUUUCUAAAUUCCUGAAACAUUUUUUCAUCGAAGAAAUUUUUUUCUCCACAAAUAAAAAUCGUACCUCAAGGAAUAUGUGCUUACUUUGUACUCAACUCGAAAUAGGUACUGAAAAUAGUAUUCUGUUGUACUGUGCAGAGCUCGUAUGAUAUUGUAUCCUAUCUACAUUUCUGAAAAAUACAUUUUGCUCGCUACGACCAAAUAAAAAAUCACGACGACGUUAUAGGUUUGCUCGCGUAUUACGAUGUCUACAACACUGCAUGUCCGACCAGCACGAAACUAAACACGAAUUGUAUUUUAAUAUUGUAAAUCAUUAUAUACUUGGCAGGCUUCGGCUAGAAUUUCUUAAUCACCCUGUACUGUUCACGUACCUAACCGGUAUAUUGAAAUACUUGGAAAAUUCAACUCUGUCGCCGGAAAAAUAUAAAUACCUGGUAUAUUUUUUUGACUUUAUACCAUAUGCGUUGAAAUUAUUUAAAAAAUUGUGGCAUUUGUUUUUAUGUACCUAAUCAAGAAUUCAUGUACCUAUUUCAAUUUUUGAGCUUUUUUUUUUAAUGUGAGGAUAAUAAAACUUCAAAUUUUAAUAUACUUACCUAUCUAAGAUCACGACGAAUACACGACACAUAAUUAUACGAAUAUUGAUUCUUUUUCCUUGUUAAUUAUAAAAAUGAAUUUACCGAAUGUGGUACAUAAAAUUAUAAAAUUUAGUGCAAAUAUUUUAUUUAUUGUUAAAUGUUUUCUUUUCGUAUUUUGCGCUUACCUAUUUUUGCAUAUUGUAUUUGGCAGCCAUCAUAUAGAUGUCGCGGCUGUAAUGUUGUAUAUUGAUAUUAUUUUGUUGUUGUAUAAGUUGUAUUGUCUUAGUUUGUUGAGUUAUUUACUUUGGAUGAAGGAAUAUAUAGCUUUAAUGUCCGUUUUACACAUAGUUUAUUUACACCUAUUAGGUACAAUCAUCGAGUCAAUGAAUACGUUUAAUCAAAUUUUUUACGAUUUAAGAGUCUUUAUCCGGCGCCUCAUCUCUCCUUCAAAUUUUACAUUGUGUACAUACCUACGUACCUAUCUUCCUACCUACCUACCCGAGCUAUAUAGCUGAAAAUGAUUGUGCAUGUGUAUAUAUAAAAAAUAUACCUAUCUACCUAUUUGUUUUGUUGUACAUGAAUGUAAAUUAUGUAAGCACUUUUAAAUUAUAAAUGUAUACCUCGAAUUGAUGAAAUAUUUUUAUCUGUUACAAAAAAGAUGGAAAACAAUGCGACAAAUUGUGCAAUCAUUAACAUAUAAACUUAAUAUGCGAAAAGUUUUACUGUAGAUAAUAUCAAAAUAAAUAACUUUUGUUGAUUUUUUUUAUUUGGA